GUCUCUUUUUCCGUUUCAUUCAUAGUUUCUCGCCUUCUCUCUUCAUUUUAUUACCAAUAUAUUUGUCUCUGACGCUUCUCGCGUACUCUCUUCAAGAUUGCCUUUUAUAACGCGGUUGUUAUCGCUCGCCCGGCCUACAGCCAGCCGUUCGUGAAUAGCUCUGGUACGAAUACUUGGCUGAAUAAAGAAUACCGUCUGAACUCUAUUGCUAGGAAUUUAGGGAGUAGCCGGCAAACGAGCGUGACGUCUUCGCGAAUGCACGCGACGAGAUGCGUUGCGUCAAGUGUAUACAUGUGCAUAUAUAUGUUUGUGUGUGUGCGGUGUGGCGUCUAUCAUCGUGCCGGUAUGAGACGCGGCGGCUUUACAAUCUUCUUUUCGUCGUUCUACCGUUCUAAUCACUCCGUCAGUGACUAAUUGAGUUUUCUAACCGAGACCGACCCCUCGCAUGGCUGCCACAUCGCGCAUCCGCGUCGGCGAUCACACUCGCCGCAGCCGAGGAGACACUUUGGAGCCGGCUACAGCAAGGGCAAGCAGGUAUUUGCCGCAACGUUCGAUACCUCAGAAAAUACGGGAGACCUGAAGGAAACAGGUGUGUGAAGGAGAUUCUAAAUCUUUCUCAGGAUAUAUAAUGCGCGAAUUGACAAUUCAUGGCUUUGUUGCACGGAUUAGAGUAAACGAUUUUUCGCGCGAUAUCGAAGAGAUGCGUAAUGUAAUGAUCGUCCCAAAAUAAUUCAGUACAUAAAAAAAAGCUGUUGCAUCUUUAUUUCUUCUUCUAUGAGCGAUACGACAGUGUCGUAUCGCAAUGUCGAAGAACGAGCGAGUUUUGCGAUAUUGCGCGCUCGAAUCUUGAAAGAGCGGUGGAAUAUCACAUUAAAAUCGCGUAAGAAUAUAUUUCGACUAAGAAUAUGGAGGAUAUAAAAGUGCCGAACCUGGGGCAAGCCGCGUCGGCUGCGUGUUCUAUGGCGACCAAUUUCUUGGCACCUGUGAAGACUGAGCGCCAGAUUUACGAAAACUCGAUGCUCGAAGAUGAUCCUAAUGCCAACUCAGUAGUACCGACGUCGCAAGAAGAUAAGACCGUGCCUAGAUGGGGUCCAAAUCACAAAGGUGCCCAAGAGCUUGCAAAUCUGUAUAGUACCGGGAAGAGAACACAAGAGUGCAUCUGUGUAGGAAUUUGUAUUACACUCAUAGCCGUGAACUCUGUUCUUGUGCUCAUAAGAUUACGAUUGGAAAAUUUAAGUUCCAUAGCAAUAGCUGCAUUAUGCGGUAUUAUCACGGCUGAUUUUGGAUCCGGUUUGGUUCAUUGGGCCGCGGAUACCUGGGGAUCCGUUGAACUUCCGAUUCUGGGGAAGAAUUUUCUAAGACCAUUUCGUGAACAUCAUAUAGAUCCUACCAGCAUAACGAGACACGAUUUCAUAGAGACUAACGGCGAUAAUUUUAUGGUCGCGAUACCAGUACUAUCCAAACUCACGUGGGAUUUUCUGACAUUGCCCGAAGUAGAAAUGCAACAGAAAUUUGUUUGGACGUGUUAUUGGUUCUUGCUUGCCAUUUUUGUAGCAAUGACUAAUCAGAUACACAAAUGGUCGCAUACAUAUUUUGGAUUACCUACUUGGGUUAUUUGGCUUCAAGAACACAGAAUUAUCCUGCCAAGAAAGCAUCAUCGAGUGCACCAUGUCGCGCCUCACGAGACUUACUUUUGCAUUACUACAGGAUGGUUGAAUUGGCCCUUAGAAAAACUCCAAUUUUGGUACAUCUUGGAGGUGAUAAUCGAAAGGACUAUCGGUUGUAAACCCAGAGCAGAUGAUCUGAAAUGGGCACAGAAGCGUUCUUGAGAAUUAAUAAUUGCCCUCCUUUCGUUACUGUACAUUUUAUUGUACAAUCAAGAUAUUUAACAUACAGCCAAAUAUCGAAACGAAACUCAAACAUCGAACUAUAAAA